CAGGAAGUGUGUUACUGGCAGGAUCGCCAGGCUAUGUUAGGACCAUGGAAUAUCGCGUGACGCCUCGAAUAGGAAUCUGUUCUAACCAAGUUAUGUUCUGAGAUGUAACAAAAUCCAAGCCUAUGCAGAUUUGGGAAGUUCAAUACAAUUCAUCCUGGAUGAUCUGUGGAUUAUAAACUCUUCAUCAGUCAUUUUAUCUGUUCAGACUCUUAGUAAAGCAGUAGUAAACCAGCAGCAUGGCUAGUAAAAGAAAGUCUACAACACCAUGCAUGGUGCGGGCCUCUGAGCUCGUGGACCAAGACGAUCAAGAUAUGGACAUUGAGAGUAAUGCUAAUGAGCCCAGUCCUGAAACCAAGAAGGACAGGGUCGGGGACAAAGAAAAGACAGCGGAGAGCAACGAAGUGGUGGAAAAUAAGCCUCCUGAAAAUCAAUCCAGGAGGCUUCAGGGUGGUUACGAGUGCAAGUAUUGUCCAUACGUAACGCAGAACCUUAAUGAAUUUACUGAACAUGUAGACAUGCAACACCCGAAUGUCAUUCUGAAUCCUCUUUAUGUUUGUGCUGAAUGUAACUUCACAACAAAAAAAUACGAUUCUCUGUCCGACCACAAUUCAAAGAAUCACCCCGGAGAGAGCAACUUCAAACUAAAGCUCAUGAAGCGCAAUAAUCAGACUAUCUUGGAACAAUCCAUUGAGGGUGGCGGUGACCUUUCUAGCACCCAUGACAACACCGAGACUGAUGAUAAUGGGUCAGGCAUAUCGAUGCCUAAAAUGCCCAUUAUGAAGCUAAGAAGAAGCCGAUCGGAUGGGAAAAGGACAGCGCGGAGGAACGAGGAAUCUUUGCUUGACUAUCACUUUGGCAUCGGCACAUGUAUCCCGGAAACCAACGGCAUUUCUGGGAAUGGUCUAACUCAUGUCAUGCCAUCUGUUCAACUUCCACCCAACAUCCAUCUUCUUCCAAAAGUUGCAGUACCCCUGAACAGCAACAAAUAUAACUCGGCUCUUGACACUAACGUAACCCUGAUCAGUUCAUUUAACAAAUUUCCUUACCCAACACAGGCGGAGCUGUCGUGGUUGACCGCGGCUUCAAAACAUCCCGAAGAGCAAAUCAGAAUCUGGUUUGCUACUCAGAGAUUAAAGCAUGGUAUAAGCUGGUCCCCGGAAGAGGUAGAGGAGGCCAGAAAAAAAAUGUUCAACGGGACUAUACAAUCUGUUCCCCAGACCUUCACAGUAUUACCGGGCCCAAUAACUACUACGGCUAAAAUUGCACAGCCUAUUAUCCAGACUGCGUUACCAUGUCAAUUCAUCGGUCAGCCCGGUCUAGUCUUAACCCAGGUAACGAAUGCUCCUGCGGUCACAGUUUCUUCAGUCCCUGUUAGUAUUGGCACUACUCCAAGUCAAGUCCAGAAACGCACCAUGCCGAGCCCCCAAGAGGCUCCCGAGCCAAAGCGUCAGAGUACAGGACAGGUUCCCUCGCCAUCGACACCCAGAUUGCACUCUGUAUCCUCUCGUCAUGAGCGCAAAAAGACCAGCGAACAAAUAGCGCUUUUGAAAGCUAGUUUUGUCACGAGCCAGUUCCCCGAUGACGCCGAAGUUUACAGGUUAAUAGAUGCCACUGGCUUGGCCAGAAGCGAAAUUAAGAAAUGGUUCAGCGAUCAUAGGUAUAGGAGCCAGAGAGGUCUUGUUAAUAUCACCAGUGAAACCUUAAUCAAAGACCAGCUGUCUGGCCGGACUCGACGCCCUUACCAUUACAGGGAUAUGGGCCGAAAGACUGCACUGACCACGGACGAACAACUUCAGUGUCUCGAGAACAGUUUUGUGAAAAGCCCAUAUCCCACACAAGCAGAAAUCGAUCGUUUACGAUCCGAGACGAAACUGUCAAGAAGAGACCUAGAUUUAUGGUUUUCCGAUAGACGGAAGAUGAGAGAUUCCGUGGAGCAAGAAGUUUUAGACAGCAUGGGCUCUGAAAACGAAGGCUUCAUGAAUGGCGCCAUGACCUAUUUUGGAGGCUCUUCCCCGCAGUGCAAAUCAAAACCGGAGCAGCUUCACCUGUUAAAAAGUACCUUCGCCAGAACCCAGUGGCCAUCCCCACAGGAGUAUGACCAACUGGCGGCACAGACUGGGCUUGUCAGGACAGAAAUUGUAAAAUGGUUCAAGGACAACCGCUGUGUCCUCCGAACCGGCAGUUUAAGAUGGAUGGAGCAGUACCGCAAGAAUUACGAACGCUCUCUAGAAGAGCGGAAGAGGUUCAUCAAAAUGGUGUCGGCCACCAAGGCAGGCAAAGAAAUUCUAGUGGAGUAUUUCCAGGAAUAUGGCCAGCUGCACGAAGAGGACCUUGAGCUUCUUGUGCUCAAGACUAAAAUGAAUUCCGAUCAAGUGAAGGCUUGUUUGGGGGAGAUUCAGGAUCAGCUGGACAAUGAUCAAGAUGAUAAAUACGACACGGAGAGUGAACCCAAGGACUGGAACAGGUCAUUACAGGAUGAUGAGGACAUCAUAUCAGAUGGUGGGGAUAGCUGGAGCCAUACUGGACAGGAUACUCUAGAUGAUACGGCAGACUAUGAGUAUGAAAAUACUCCCAACGAGGAUUGUAAUCAGGUGUAAGGACCGGAGGAGAAGCAUCAAUACCUGAUAAUAGCAGAGAUUUAUUUUCCUACUGUCAAUAAGAGAACAUGCUGAUUUGUUUUCGAUCGGCCCCUGUCCAUGCACUCGUCUUGGUUUAUAAAACUGAAAAGUUCUUUUUUGCCAAAGAACUAAAACCCUCUGAGACUUUGUACAAUCCCCUCCCCCUUCUUUACUGGAACCGCUUCUGAGUGUGGGAUGAAUUGGAUACCCUAUUUUUUCUUUUUCUUUUUCAUUAAAAUUUGCAUUGUUUAGAAUUAGUAACCACUAAGUUGUCUAAUUUGUGUUCCUCUGUUGUGUAUAUAGAACAUAUAUAUUUAAGUGCUUGUGGAAGAGCCAUGGAAUUCCGGGACCACUGCCUUACGUGGGAGUGCCGAGCUGGGUGGGUCUGGGGACCCCUUCAGAUUGGGG